AUGCUUCGAUGGGCUCAUUUAACCGCAGGGAUUCUCUCCGUCGUCAUCUUCUCUGCUCUCCUCAUAGUCUUCCUCCGCCGCUGGUGCUGUCUCCGGAGACCGGAGAUUGAGGAAGCGAGCCCCAUACGGAGUGAUAGCUUUCAGGCUAGAGUCUCCAAGCUCCACCAGACGAGCCUCAUCCACCAACUAGACACCUCCCACAUCAAACGCAGAGGAAAUAUAAUCAACCAUCAGUCCAAGCCUGGUCUAUUCAUCUGGUCUGACCACCCGGCUUUGGUUACCGACGUGGUCGAGAAUGGUUGGACUCGGUUCGGAUUCGUGACCGAAGAUCCUCAUGUAGUGAUCACAUGGGAAGUUUCAAACGGUUCCGUGGACUUCAAGCAAACGGUUCAGUUUAAUCAGAAGACCCUCAACGCGAGAAACCCGUUGAUGAUUCUCCGAGGAUCUCUACCGCUUCCGGGACCACACUUUGCAGGCUCUGCUUUCCCGCAAGAAGCUUACUUCGAAAUCACAAUUCUCGAAAAUCUUCGUGGUCGUGGUGGUGACGUGGAAGGUGAAAAAACGAAGCUGGUCAAGAGCGAUGGUGUCAAAAGUAGUGAAUGGGAUGCGGGAAGCAAAGAAGGUGUUUUGUCUUUGGGACUAGCGACUGUUGGUUCUGUCCAUACACGAUUGCCUGGAAAAUUCCCGGCUUCUAUUGGGUUCCAAUCGGACGGUUCUGUUUAUCUCGAUGGAAUGCAGCUAGUUUGUCAAUCAGAGAAACAUGAGUGGGCAAAGGAAAACAAGGUCGUUGGUUGUGGUUACGAUCCGAGCAAGAAGAAAGUUUACUUCACAAUCAAUUCACACUUGGUUCAUGUCAUCAACUGUAAAGCAGACGAGUUUGGGACUCCUCUCUACCCAAUUCUUGCUUCCAACAUAGAGACCACAAUUCUUAUAAAUUUGGGUCAAUCCCCAUUUUCUUAUAGCCCGGCAAAUGCGCAGCGCACACCAAAUCCUAUUCAUGUGGGUUCCGGGUUGCAUCUCUCGUCAGGUGGGCUUGGGGAUAGCAAAGAGCUUUUCUCCAUCGGAAGAAUAAAUUCACAGUAUCUAAGCAACUUUUUCACUAACAGAGGAAAUAAUGAUGAGAUUGCUAGUGGAAGGACCACCGUGGGAAAUAGCCACAGACCCAAGCUGGACUAUGACGAAGAAUCUGAUGCUGAUCUUUUUGAGAUUGCAUUGGAACGUUCUUCUGGUAGAAUAAAUCCGGCAAGGUUUUAG